AUGGUAGUCGAGACAAUAUCAGGAGGAACACCGGAAUCUGAAGAAGUGGAAAUAAACUCAUCGUUGGACGGAAUUAUUGGUCAAAAGAAAGAGAACAUACCACCGAAUAAAUUGAAGCAAGUGGCACUGGCUACGAUGGAAGAAAAAUACGGUGACCGGGGAAGAAUUUUAACGAAUGCAUCCAAGGCUGGAAGGUUGUGUGGCAUAGGAGUGUUUAUACAGGACUACGACGUUAAGCGCUCAUUCAGGUUGGAGGGUGAUAUCAGCAUAACAGCAGCGGAGUUGCACGCCUUGAGUGUUGCGCUACAAUUCGUGGUAGAGGGCAAACUGUAUAAUUAUGUUAUCUAUACUGAUUCGAUGACAGCAUGCCAAAUGUUGGAAGAUGCGGUGGAAGCUAAUAAAGCAGAAACCCUCCUAAAAUACAUCAUAGAAACAGCGCGAAAAUGGCGAAUUACAUUCCAAUGGAUACCAAGCCACGUGGGAAUCAGCGGCAAUGAGGUAGCUGAUCAGCUAGCUCGAGAGGGACUAACUCAGACAGCAGUACUAGAACACCAGUUGUUUGCCAAAGACGUCAUGCGGGAACUAGCAAGACAAAAAACUGUUGCAGCACAACGAUGGUAUGAAGAUUACUCAAAAGAAAAAGGGAAAAUGUUUUUCGAACUACAUAAGCAGCUUCAAGAUAAACCGUGGUAUCACGACAAGGAAUUGAAGGGUCAAGAGGUACGGCUGCUCAAUAGACUAAUGACUGGUCACACUUAUGCGAGAAAUUGGUUGGCCAAAAUGAAGAUUAUUGACGACGGCGAUUGUGAGUUAUGUGAUGAAGAAGAAACUUCGGAACAUACGAUAUUAUUCUGCCCUGAUUCGGCCACAUCAGAGCCGGAUAUAGUUUUGAAUGUGCAUAUUCAAAUUUGA